GCUCGCCCUUUCCUCUCUUUGUUCUUUCUUGCCGUGGCUUCCGACUCCCUCUCGACAAUAAAAAUAUUCGGCUUCUUAUAAAUUCUCCAUCCGUUGUUCUUCCUCCUCCUCCACCUCCUCCUCCUCCUCCUUCACCACCACUUCGCUCCCUCUCUCUCUCUCUCUCUCUCUCUCGUCCGUCGUCGUCUCGCGCAUCGCGUGCGCCAAUGCCUGCGCAGAAGCGGUCCCUGCCGGAGAAUGCGGACGACGAGGACGCCUCGCAGCCGAGCGGCCACCACCACGGCCACCACCACGGCCCCCACGCCAAGCAAUCUCGCCGCGACGGGGACCCCGAGCAGGACGACCAGCAGCCCGGGGAGCCGCAGGGCGGCGGCGGCGGCGGCCGCGGCGCCGGAGGCGGAGGAGCUGAGGAGGAAGAAGAAGAAGAUGAAGAUUCUCAAGGAAGUCCGUCGUCCAGCUCGGAGGAGAAACCUGAAUUUGUUUAUGUAAAACUAUCAGACAUUCGUAAAGAUGUACAAUGCCCAAUCUGUCUAGGCAUCAUCCGGAAAACAAGAACUGUUAUGGAAUGCCUGCACCGCUUUUGUAGGGAAUGCAUUGACAAAUCAAUGCGACUGGGGAACAAUGAAUGUCCUGCUUGCCGCACUCACUGUGCCAGCCGACGCUCACUGAGAGAUGAUCCCAACUUUGACGCCUUAAUAGCAGCUUUAUAUCCGGAUAUCGACAAAUACGAGGAAGAGGAGUUGGCUUUUCAUGAAGAGGAGAGAAAUCGCAACAAGCAGAUUCAAGCAUCCAUUGCUCAAAUUCUUCAACGGCAGUCAGAAGCACUUGUCAAAAGACGCACGCUGGGUAAAGAUCCGGCUGGUGGAUUUAUCACAAGAUCACAGCGGAAUCUAAGGCCUUCUACUAGAAGAAGACGGAAUUCUCGAGGAACUGAUCAUCAAGGUUCCGAAGACAAUGAAGAUGAACAUGAUAGUAAUGGUGGCAAAGAUUCAUCUUCCGCUGAUGAGCGUGGUACUGAAGUUAGGCAGAGACGUCGGAGAAAAAGGACAGGAGUACGUUCAUCAUUACCUUCUUCAUCGGCUGAUGUUGAAUGCCCGGAUAAUGAUUUGGAAGCAACCAGAGAUACCAGAGGAAUUUCUCCUGGGCUCGUAUGGAACCCAGAAAUGCUUGCUUGGGGUAGGGGUGGUACGAGAAGUCACACAAGACAUGGUGGCGUAAAUGGUAACAACAAGAACUCCAAGAACAUGCGGCUAUCCAAGCUGGUUGAGUACCUCAAGAGUUUAGAGGAAAAUGAUGAGUUAGAUGUUUAUUUCAUGCUUGUUUCUUUGGAUAAAGAAAGUACUCCAAGUCUGAAGCAGCCCUACCUUUGCAGUAGGCGAAGUCUGUCAGUUAAACAUCUAUGUGAUUAUGUUGCUCAACAAACACCUCUGCAAACUGAAGAAGUUGAAAUAUUGAUGGUCAAAGGGAACCAUAACAUCAGCCGUCAAGGACCUAGCCUGAACCUUUUCUCCUUAGGAAGCGGACAUGAAAAUGUUCUACCUGUUGUUGAUCCGCAUAAGGCUGAGCUGCAAAUUCUGGAAAAGGAAGCGACGCUAGCAGGGAUAAUUGCAGACAAUGGAUCCAUCAGUGACAUCCUGAUUCUAGGAUUCCAGCAGAAACGAACCUCCAACUCCUGACGAGUUCCAUGGGCUUCUUCAGCAAUAUUUAAGUAAACUCUCACAUACUCGUAUAUAUACAUAUAUAUGUAGAGAGGUGGACGGGAUUGCCAGUUGAGCUUAGAGUACAUGUUAGUUGAUAAAGGCACACAUUAUUGGUUACUUUCUUAGGUUUUUCUUCCCUUGCUGAUUUUACUGCAAAUUGUUAUUACCAGAUUAUAUUAGAAGGUCAGCAGUCAAAUAUUACGUGUUGAUGUCUCUGGAUUGAGUAUUCGAAUAGGAAUCAAUUCACUCAAGAAGCAACUAAUGAUCAAUUCAUCGAGAUGGUCUCGGUGUAA